UUGCCUGGGACCGAGGGGUCAGGGAUGCUGCAUAGUCCUGGGAAAAGGCAUGGUUGGCCACGUUUUGGCCGGAGGCCCCAGGCGGAGGUAGGGCAGAUGGGAGACUUCCAGCUGGAUCCCCCCCAUGCCCCCCACGCAUGUGCACAGCGGCCCGUCGGAGGCACCGGGCCCCGCCCGCCCAUGCCAGCUCUGCCCACCUACCUUGCCCAGCGCCACCAAUGGCCUCCUCGGUGAGGUCCCGGACGCUGCCCCAGGUGAGGCCAGCGUCGUGGCUGGUCACACAGCAGAGGCGGGCUGCGUUCCUGCCCGUGGCGAUCUGCAGGGCCUCGGGCGUGUGGCCCAGCACAGCAAUGAAGAAAAGCAAGACCGUGCCUGUGCCUGCGUCAUGCACGGGGCAGGGGUUCAUGGAACGGUGCUUCUCCAGGGCCGCCGUCCCCAGCACGCUCGGGGCGCCCCACUGCCCAGAGGAGGAAGAGCCCACUGGCCAGGUGUCCAGGGACCUGGACUCAAUCCCGCAGGGGCGCUCGGAACAGCUGGCUUCAGUUUGCCCAGCACACAGUGGAUGCCCACCACCAGCCCUCCCCUCACCAUGUGGCCCCAGCCCACCAGGCCACUCACCCGCACGGAGCCCCCAGCCAGUGUGCCCCUCCUCAGCAUAAGGCGGUGGGCGUGGGAGUCGUCGGGGCUGAGCCGCUGCUCCACAAAGGCCAGCAGGGUGGGCCCAGGGGGCACCGGGAGCAGCGCGGGCACACGGUACGUCAGGCCUGUCCUCUCCCGCUGGAAGAGGACUGUCCGCGCAGGGACGCGCAGGGUCCCCAUGUCCUGCCAGUUAGAGCAGGGCUGCGGGUCAGAGGAACGGACCCAGGGAACCCACACCUGCUCCCCUCAAAUCCGUCUGGAUUGGGAAGGGCUCAACAGGCCCCCACACACCUGGGCCUCUCCCUGUGCCCACCGCAGGGACGGCUCCAGCUCCAGCGCCCUCACUCCAGAUCUUAGGCAGCCCUCCUUGAGCAACCCCCACACCAACUGCUCCCCAAAUGUCUGUGGAGUCAGCCCAUCUCCCUCUCAACACAGCUCAUGGGCUGCCCCUAGGCCGGGCCUAGUUGGUGCUGGGGUGCUGGUGAGCCUGGUCAGAGACCCCUGGACCCUGCGGUCAUCACAGAACUCGCCCAGCAGGAGACUGGCCAGUGGACAGUCAGGGCCCAAAGCUUCAGACAAGGAGGGGCCCCAUGUCCCCAAAUAGGGGCCAUGCCCCCACGGAAACCACAACGAACACAGACACAUGCACGUGUACACACACGCGCACACCUGGAAACCAAGGGAAGCCCAGAAGUUCCCCGCAGAGAAGAGGUCUGAACUCAGGGCCCCAGUGGACAUCUUCAGGGACAGGGGACCCGUCAGCUGGCUCUGCAGGCUGCCCGAGCAGGGCUGAGAGUGUGGCAGGGGCCAGCAGAGCUGCCCCCACCUGCAGCAUGCCCCAGGUGACUCACGUGUGCCCUGAGAGAAUCAGGGGUGGUGCAGGCCAGAAGGACCGCAAGAGGGACCCCAAGGAGUCCAGAGGGGUCAUGACCCCCACCCCUCCCAGCAGAGAGGAACCACGUGGUAGGGGAUUGAACGUGAGAAGCAGCUUGCGCCAGCAGACCCAGGUGCCACAUGCACACUCACAAGAGCAGCCAUGAGAGGGAAGUGAGAGCUCCCUGGUAGAGAAGCCAGGGCUGGGGAGGCCAGGAAAGCAGACUGGAGCCUGAGUGAACAGCCCAGCACCGGGGCAGUCGAGAGAGCUGCACAAAGGUGAGGGGGGUGGUACGGGCAGGGCCCACAGAGUAACUCGAAGGGAGAAAGCAGGAGGACGGCAUCACCCUGGCCAGGCCCAGGACCAGAGCCUGCAUGCAACAGAGACCCCAUGCACAUCCAUGGAGACAGGGGACCCACGGGAUGGAAAACAGGUAAAGGGACACACACUCACGCACAAGGAGAGCAGGCCCUGCCCGGAUGCAAGAGGGCUCUGCUGGGUAAGUCCAGCCUCCACCCCUCAGCCCAGAACCGCCGCUCCUGCCAGGCUCACGCGGGCAGCACGCGGGCCCUCCUGCUGCUCACCCCACCACCAGCGCUCGGCCUUCUGAGAGCAGCUUCCUGCCUCCUGGAAGCCCCCAAGCUCUGCACUCAAAGGGCAAUUGUGCCCAGGCGGGAAGCAGGUGCAGUGCCACAUGUCCCUCAGGCUGAAAGGGCACAAGCGAGACAUUCUCUCCACAUUUGGCUCACUCCCCAGAGCCCGGGACCGCAGGGCUGGUGUCAGUUCAACGUGCAGCAGCGGGGACCAGGCCCACCCGGCUGGGGCCGAGCAGGAGAGACGGAGCUUCAGAGACCAGCUGGCCACUCCCUUCUCCGCCCACAGGGGAAGCCAAGGCCAGCAGAGGACAGGACUGCCGCACACUCGGGGCAUCCCGGGGGGCCUCAGUUCAAGAGCAUGGCUCCCCCACAGCCAGCCCCGCCCAGUCAGCCAUCCAGCAGGUUCCAGGGAUUUGGCUUGAUCAGGACAGCUGUGUUCCAACAUUACCAGUGCCCACCACGCUCCCCAGCAGCGUCCUCCUCGGGGGUGUCGAGUCACAGAAGGGGAAAUAAGGCCCAGGAGGAGAUGGGACCUCCAAGAGAACGUGGUUGUCUGCCAUUGGACCCUUGGACAAGUUGUAGGGUCAUUCUACAGCUUGGCAGGGGCAGCCCUCCCACUGCAGCCUGUCUCGAGUGGGAGGGCCCAGGUGGCUCUGUCCCCUCAGGAUGUGUCCCCAGUGUGCACUGUGGUUGUUCUGUGCCCUGGACUCAGAAUUACACACCCUUCUGUGAUGGAGUGUCACCUCCGGGCUCAUCUGCAGAAAGAUCAUGCCUGCAGGCUGGAGUAGGGCCCAGCUUUGGGCCCCCACUCCCAGCUUGAGUCCAUCCCACCCUGUAAAUCUGCCCGCAGUACCCCUCAGUGUCAUUCCCACAAUGUGGGCCAAGAAAUUGUCUCAUUGAGGGAUCCAUGGCUAGAGAGGCCCUUUGGAUCCAUGCAGCCCACCCCUCCUUUUGGAGGUGAGGGGCCACCCUGGGGGCUCAGCAAGUGUGUGACUCAUCCAUCAUCCCAGAGAGGGACAGCCAGCAGGGGCAGAUGUCCUUGGGAGCUGGGUCUUGGCCCCUGAGGGCCAGCAGUGCAGGGAUGAGGACGCGGUGGGGGUGAGCAGGGAGGGGACUCAGCGGCCACCUCGGAGAGGCUGCAGAGUUGGUCACAGGAUGUCUUCCUCGACUCACUCACAGUAGGGACAAGGGCUCCACUGUAUGGGCAGCAAGCCAGGAGCUGGCCAUGUUCCAGGGCUGUAUCAGGACCAUGACACUCCAACAGUUGCGCUGCCCAGGACAGGGCCUGGGGAUGCAGAAGGACAUGUGGGGUGGGAGGAACAGCAUCAAGACCAGGCAGAGAUGGCCCAGGCCAGCACAGGGCUGCCCUCUGCAGGACCUCUGGCUCAACACUGGGACGCUUGGUAUAUGGCAUGGGGCAGGAGGGCUCCCCCUCCAACAAGGGCUGCACUGGGGCAGUUGACCUCCAGACACAGAGGCCAGCCUGCUUCAGAGACACCUGCCCUGGCACAAGAACCCAAGUGAGCAUACAGACCCUCCUCCGGGCCUCAUGGGGACCUGGGGCUCCCUUGAUGCACAGCCUGGGUGCCCACGCAUCCCUCCCCCAGCCCCAGGAUGCCGGCCCCUUGGGGCCUCCCUGGGCCCCAGCUCCUUGUCCCUGCUCCUGCACCUCCCAGGGCCCAGGGUUACCCGCUGCCCAGCACCAGCCGCCUCUCUGGGGCUUCACACACCCUGGCCGCUCCCGUCCUGCUGUCUCCCAGGUAGCCUCGGCGACUGACGCCUGAAUGGCCACUGCCCGGUCCAAGUCUUGAGUAGGCCACAGGUCCCUGGUGCUGUCAGUGAAAGGCACUCACAGAAGGCAGCAUCCACGGGGACUUCUGGGCCCCAGCGCCCUCUGUUCCCCUUGCCCCUGCCUCCCACAGCUAAAGCCACUUCUGAAGCAUCAGGGACUUCAGUGGAAAAACAGACUGUGGGAAAACUGAGACAUCGUGUCGUUUCCACGCUGAGGUGAUCAGCCCGCUGUGUCCAUUCUGUCCUCGGAGGCCUGAGGGGAUUGACUCAGGGAGCCGGGAGGGUGCAGCAGGAGGACGUGGGAGAGAGGGAAGGGGGCACCGAGGCUGAGUCCAGCAGACACGGACAGUCCACUGUCCCUUCUGCUCACAUCUCGGGGUCUGAGCCCGCCCUGCUCUGUGCCCAGAUGAAGCUAGGAAAGGAAAGGGGCAGCCAGUGGGCAGGCAGGGCUGGAACUCUCAGCCAGAUCGUGUCCCACUGCUCAGAGGGCCCCCCAAACCAGAAUGGGCGAGACCAGUCUCUCUUCUCCUGUCCCCCGAGUCCAGGGUGGUGGAGUCUGACAGGGGCCGCCCACUAAGCGCUCACAGGGAAUGGAGCCUCCAAGCCCCCCAUCACCGGUGUGGACCACCCCACAGGCAGAGGCGGGUCUCGGGGGCAGGCGGUCUCAGCAGGCUGCGGCCACCUGGGUGGGGGGCAGCGCCCAGGCAGGACCGGCCUCCUCUGCUCAGGGCUUUUAGUGUUUACUUUAUCAUCAGCUUUUUUCAACCUGGACAAUUCACAUGCAAACCUGUAUUUCUAGAUUCUCUUGAAAAAUCAGAACAUGAGCCUCCCAGGCUCCCCCCGAGUCACACGGCCACAGGCUCCACCAACCCCCACUGUCACCCGCAACCCACGACUGUGGCAGGGGCCCCUGGGCACACUUGAGGCUUCAACCACUGGUGCCAGUGCCACUGAGGAGGGACUUUCCCUCAUUGCUCCUUAAGGAGCCAGAGCUCUCACCUGGAGUGCUGGUCCCAGCACCCAUGGCAGACCCUGGGCUUGCCAGCACCAGGAAGGCUUGGAAAUGCCCCUCCAAAAAGUAGCAUCAGCCAUACUCCGUGGGUGCACAGCACUGCGGCACCUUAGACAACCCUUCUCCAUGCCAGAGCAGGUUGUUUUCAAAAUCCCCCAUUAAAACCACGUGCUUUCUUACAUUAUAAUAAACACCCCCAAAUUUCCCUCCAAAGACAGUACCAGUUACAUUCCUGCCAGUCCCAGAGGCAAAGACAAAGUGACGGUGAGCGGCUGCUGUGCAGCUGAGAGUGUCACCCGGGCCCAGGCGUUCAGAGGCAGCAGCGCUUUCCCGUCGCCCCGGCGCCCGCAGGCCGGCCUGGCUUCCUCCGGGAGCUGCGGCUCCUGCCCGGCGCUGAGACGCUGGAUGGGGUCUCCCUUCCACCCGGGAAAUUCUUCCCAUUCUGUUUGACCAAGUUCCUCAUCUGCCACCUGUCCCGGUCUUCCGAGACUCCUGCUCUCUGCUCCCUGGCUCAUCCGGGACUGACUUCCCUUCCCGUGUCCCCUCUGCACUUUCCUCUGCGCCGAGCGUGGCUGAACCUGCAGGUGGUCUCGGGGCUGAGUCCGGCACCCUACAGCCUUCAUUCCAUUCUCCACCGUCUCCGUGCACUUUGGGGGAGUCGUAUUUCAAUUUCCACAUAUUCUCUUUUAUUCUCAAAUUGUUGCAAUAUCUCCUCUAA